CGUAGGAAUCGAGUGAAUGGAGGGGAAAAAAUCGGGUAUCCGUGGGUGUUCUGCAUGAUAAAAUUGACAACGCGAGUUGUUGCUUCGAGUGACAAACAGUAGUAAGACGCUCUCUCGAAAGCAUCAUCUUUCUCCUUGAAAAGUCACUUGUGAUAGAUCUCUCAUAAAACAAAUUUUAAUCUAGUGCAAGAUCAAUAAAUCACCAGGAAAGAUGUCUAAUCGUGAAUCUAAGUCGAAGCUACAUAAGAUGAUGUAUGGCCACGGUGAAAUAUGGGACACGCUUCUGUGUGGUGCAGCAGAGUUUGCGGGUACAGCGAUGUUAGUGUUGCUAGGAUGUGGAGGAUGCAUUGGAAGUUUGGGAAUUGUGCCGUCCUAUCUACAAGCUAAUUUGACAUUUGGUUUGGCAGUAAUGAUCGUUAUACAGUGUUUUGGACAUAUAAGUCAUGCUCACGUUAAUCCUGCAAUCACUGUCGGAUCUAUUGUAUUAGGGAAAAAAUCAAUAGCUGAAGGUUUGGUGUAUUUAGUUGCUCAGAUGCUGGGAUCAGUUAUGGGUUAUGGACUGUUAAAGCUGAUCACUCCAACAGGUAUGAUGUUCCAUGAUUCACCAGAAGCAGCUCACAAUUUUUGUAUAACAGCCCUAAAUCCCAUGAUUUCAACGGCUCAAGGUUUGAUGGCGGAAAUUCUUGCCACCAUGGUAUUGAUGGCAAUUGCAUGUGCUGUAUGGGACAAGCGGAAUGAGAUUAAUACAGACUCUACAGCCUUGAGAUUUGGCUUAGCCGUAUCUUGCCUUGCAAUGGUGUUUGGGAAAUAUACUGGAUGCAGCAUGAACCCAGCUAGAUCCUUCGGUCCUGCCAUAUGGAAUAAUUCUUGGUCGGAACACUGGGUCUACUGGUUCGGACCAAUAACAGGCUCUGCUCUGGCAGCAGCCCUUUAUCGAGUUGCUUUCGGAAUCAAAGAAGACAACAAUGAACUCCAAGUUCCUGAAGCCGUUGGAUUGAACUAUAUUGAUGCUGAUAAACCAGAGAGAGUUUAGUGUAAGAAAUAAGAUUUUUAAUCUUGCUAAGUGUUUUGAAGUUUUCCCUAAGCACCUAAAGCAUGUGAAGCAAAGCUGAUGCGAUCAAAGAGGCUAAACUAUAAAGUAUAUAACAAUAUCUGAAGUCUUCUACGCAUCCUUCUCUUUAGAGACAUAGCAUGCGAAGUGAAACAUGAAGGUUGAAUCAAUAAAUAACUUGGGGGUUGGCUGAACUGUGUACCUAGCUAUUCACAUCCGAGAAUACAAAUGUUUGUUUGUGUUUUCUAAAAGUUAACAAAUUUACUUCAAGCUACAAUCUGCUCCUUUAUGCAAAGCACUUGGGCUUAGCCAUCAACUCGAUAGAUUACUGAUGUAACUUUCACGUACAUGAAUUUGCAAAUACAUUGAGAGGAAAUUUCUUUGGGGAAAGAAUGAAAUUCUUAAGUAUACAGAAUAAGUUGAUAGUAACUUUCAUUCUAGAGUAAUAAUCAAUGAUUUUGUUGAAUAAAAUCCUGCCAUUUAUACUAUUUUUAUACUCAGUAUAUAUUAAAUAUUGUAUAUAAAUUUAUAAUACUCAUAAAAAUUUUUAGAUGAGUUUUAAUAAUUGUAUAAUUUUUUAAGUUAUAAAUACUGUUGCUAGAUGACAAAGAGUCAUUGUUAAAUACUAAUUUUAUUAAAAGCUUUUGACUUGACUACUUUUUAUUAACUAUUUUUUUAUUUUUUCAAGUUUUUAAAGUAAUUUCUUCUCUUGGUAUUUGCGGUAAUUAUAGAACAUUCACUCCAUGAUUUAUUUAUGAAUGCAAAUUUACCCUCUUUCGAUAGCAUUCUACAAAG